UGCGGCGGGCACACCCAGGCGCGGCGGCGACGGCGGACAGUUUAGAGUGGGGGCAGGGGCGGACGUGGGAGCAGACCGGGACCAGAGAGGUAGCCCGCGCUCGGCCAUCUCCAGCCAUGUCUGACGAGGCGUCGGCCACCACUUCGUAUGAGAAGUUUCUGACCCCUGAGGAACCCUUCCCGCUUCUGGGACCCCCUCGCGGGGUGGGCACCUGCCCGAGCGAGGAGCCGGGCUGCCUGGACAUCAGUGACUUCGGCUGCCAGCUGUCCUCUUGCCAUCGUACCGACCCGCUCCUCCGCUUCCACACUAACAGGUGGAACUUAACUUCUUGUGGAACAAGUGUUGCCAGCUCAGAAUGCAGUGAGGAGCUGUUUUCAUCAGUUUCUGUUGGAGAUCAAGAUGAUUGCUAUUCACUGUUAGAUGAUCAAGACUUCACUUCUUUUGAUUUAUUUCCUGAGGGGAGUGUCUGCAGUGAUGUCUCUUCUUCUAUUAGCACAUACUGGGAUUGGUCAGACAGUGAGUUUGAAUGGCAGUUACCGGGCAGUGACAUUGCCAGUGGGAGUGAUGUGCUUUCUGAUGUCAUACCCAGUAUUCCAAGUUCACCUUGCCUGCUUCCUAAAAAGAAAAACAAGCACAGGAAUUUAGACGAACUUCCUUGGAGUUCAAUGUCAAAUGAUGAACAGGUGGAAUAUAUUGAGUAUCUGAGUCGCAAAGUCAGUACUGAGAUGGGUCUUCGGGAGCAACUUGAUAUUAUUAAAAUAAUUGAUCCUUCUGCUCAAAUCUCCCCUACAGACAGUGAGUUUAUUAUUGAACUUAACUGUCUCACAGAUGAAAAACUGAAGCAGGUCAGAAACUAUAUCAAGGAGCAUAGCCCUCGCCAACGGCCUGUACGAGAGGCCUGGAAGAGAAGCAACUUUAGUUGUGCAAGCACCAGUGGAGUGAGCGGUGCCAGUGCCAGCAGCAGCAGUGCCAGCAUGGUCAGUUCAGCAAGCAGCAGCGGGUCCAGUGUUGGAAACUCUGCUUCAAACUCCAGUGCCAACAUGAGUCGAGCACACAGUGACAGCAACUUGUCUGCAAGUGCAGCAGAGCGGAUUCGGGAUUCAAAAAAGCGAUCCAAGCAGCGGAAGUUGCAGCAGAAGGCCUUACGCAAGAGGCAGCUGAAAGAGCAGAGGCAGGCUCGGAAGGAGCGGCUCAGUGGGCUCUUUCUUAACGAAGAAGUGCUGUCCUUGAAAGUGACUGAGGAAGACCAUGAAGCAGAUGUAGAUGUUUUGAUGUAAAAAGGGUGAAGUUAUCAACGUUCUUUCCAAGCAUUAUUUGUUUACAUGCAUCUUGACCAAGCUUUUGGUUAGGGCUGUGCUGAUGUACCAUUAAUAAUUUAGGCCAGUGGUUCUCAGCAGGUGGUCCCUGGAUCAUCGUCUUCAGCAUCACUUGAGAAGUUGUUAGAAAUGCAUACUAUGGGGCCCCACGCCAAACCUAGCGAAUCAGAAACCCUGGGGGAGAGGCCUAGCAUUGUAUUGUAACAAGCACCAGGUUAUUUUAUCCUGCAUGCUAGCUUUAAGAACCACUGAUUUAGUAAAUGUUGUUUUGACUAUUUAAACUUUAGGUUGGUUAAGUAGGCUUUUUCAAAUAUUAGUAAUUUUAAAGUUUAGAAGAUUUCAAGGUACUUCUGACAAGUAGUUUAUUAUGUCUGUAUAUGUAUAUGUGUAGAGAUCAUAAUUCAUUUUCCUUAAUGUUAUAAUUUCUUAGUUUAUAUUUUCUAAAGGGCCAUAGCAUAAUUCUCAAUUUCUUGUGGAAGUCUUUCUUUGAGGUUUUGGGGAUGGAAUGUGGAUUGCUAUCUACAAUAGUGCCUUCAUUAGGUUUAUUUCUAUCUGUUUUCAUUCAUUAUUAACUCAAAAGUGUAAAACCAGGCCCUAUUAUCUUUCUUGUUAGGUUUGUUUUUUUCUUUUCACUUUAUGUACAUUUAGUAUCCUUUUUGUAAGUGAUGACUACUGAGGAAAUAGUGUUACUAACAGCUGAAUUUUAGACUUGAUGCUAUGUUCAUUAAUAUUCAAAUGAGAAAGCAAUGAACAAAAUAACCCAUUCUACUCUUUCACUGCUUUCUAAAGUUUUAGGCUGUGAAACUGUCUGAAAGGCAGAAAAUAUCUCUUAAGUUCUUUUUGUGGGUCAUUUUUUUUUCCAGCACAGCUCUAAUUUUUAAAUAGUUGGUAUAAUAGCUUCUGGCAUGUGAACAGGUUAAUGUUCAAAAUUAACUAAAGGAAACCCUUACAGUUCUGUUAACCGUCCCUAUAAAUCUUUAAAAUACAUAGAGCAGUGAGAUAAUAGAAAAAACCUUAGCUUGUUGGCGGUUAAAAUAGAACUAAUUUUAAAUGUGAAAUUAUAGUUUCUUUAAUGCUUUUAUGGAGAGUUUGUUAUGAACAUUCGCAGUAGUGUGACUCCUUUUCUUCUACCACACAUCUUUAAUCAUUCAUAUGGAUUAAAGAAGUUGGAAACUAAUACUACUGACAAUCAAGCUGCUUUCUGACCUUCAUAAUUUUUAUUUUAUUGUAGAUAACUUUUGAAAGGUAAUUGUGAUACUAUAGGAGUUGCAGUCCAUAUCUUUAAAGCUAGAGUCAGAGGUUGAUGGGGAUUUCUACUUUUUUUAACUUAUUAUACCAAGUAACUUGUUAAGAUAAAGAUUAAUGGCUUAAAUUCUUAAUUUAAAGUUCUUAAUCUAAAUAUAAAGGCAUAACCUUUGCUUACAGUCAUGUGUUUUGAAAAUUUGAUUUCAUUUUGGUUCCUUGAAGGUUAAAGAAUUGAAACUGAGGAUAAAAAUUGAUAUAUUGCAGCUUUGCUGAGGCCUGUAACAUUUUGAAGACCAUUAAAUUCAUACUUUAAAAUGUUACUAAAAUUUAAGAAGUGUAUAUGUGUACUAGUAUAUGUUUAUCAGUUGGAAUAGUCUUUCUGACUUUCCUCUUACCUCCUCUUUGGUGCUCCUAACCAGCUUAGAGGGCCCAACGAGAGCUUGGGGAUAGACCCAAGAAUACUCUGAGGAAGGUGGAAGGGUCAACCUCCUUGUGUUUUCCUUUUCAAGUAUAGGGAGAGUAAAUGGAGAGAAGAAUAAAUACAGCUGAAUUCUCUAUUUGCUCUUAGCAAAAACAAAUUUCAGAGAAUGAUUGUUCUCUUCACUCUUCAAGGAAAACAGGCCCGUUUUGGAGACCGCAGAGCAGACUUGAUCUGUUAAAUACUUGGAAACAGUUUACUUGACAGUGACCAGUAAAAGAAAAUCCUAAACAGGGUUGUGAUGUAAUAAGACCAAUUCCUCUACUCUCCCAACAAUCACAUAGUCUUAUUACCUCAGAUUUAACGUAGGUCACUAUUAAACAAGUUUACCAAAGCACCACAAAGCCAAUUUUAAAAGUAUAUAAAGGUUUGAGAGUUUAUGGUAAAGUGUGCCAUGAAAUUUUGUGUAGAUCUGGAUGAACUGUCUUUACAGUACUAUAAAUUAAAGAUAACUCAUAAAGUUGGUUUGAAGGAGAUUGAAAUACUUCCUCCGAUUAAAACGAAAAAAAGUAACACAACUUGGGUUUGCUUAUGAUUAAAGAGGGAGAUUACAGUGUUCUCCAUCCCCCUUCAAAAAAACUCGGGAGAAAAAGACAAAAAGUCUUUGUUAACAUGUUAUUUUCUUGUUCUGUUUUAAUGCCUUAUGUAGAUAAUGUAAGUUUGAAUUACUUCUUUCUUGGAAUAAGUAAUUUAUUCAAUCUGGUAUAUCUCUGAGUUCAAUUCAAAAGAAACCCAGCUCUGUUUUUUUUUUUUUUUCUUUUAAGCCCUAACUAAGCCUUGUUAUCGGAGAACAUGAUAAAGUCCCCUCAGAUUUAUCCAGAAACAUUUUAUUAGAGAUCUUGUAUAUAUGUCAUUAUAUCUCAAUAAAAUGGAAAAAAAGAGAUAUCAUAGAAGUCUGUCAGUCCCCACUACAGCUUUUUAAAGUAUGAAUCUUGAGUUAAACAAAAUGGCAUGUCUUUUUCUACAGUAUCUCAAUGGAAUUAAAGUAAGGUGGUAUAGUUUAAGACAUAGUGGAGUGUAAAGGGCUAGUUCAUUCUGUCCCAACAAGAACUUAAAGUAACACCUUUUUGCUUUCAUAAGACUUGUCUCAUUUUUUGUUAAGCUGUGGUGGUUUUGUCCAUUUCCUGUCUUUAUUAUUAAGUUAAUAUUGCUGAUGAAUUAAUCACAGAAACUGACUUACCAUUUAUGGAUUCGGUAGACAUCUCAUUUUAUAGUUUUUAAAUGUGCUAAAUCCCCUCAUAAAGGAAAAAUUCAAAGAACCUAUAGUAUAAAGGUAUCCAGAUUCUGAUGAGCUUUAAAAACUGUGAAAUUUAUCAAAUGUGUUAAUAUUUAGGCUAAAAAUGUUAGUUGCUAGUAACUAACAACUAUAGAAGUCUUGUUUCUAGAUUCUCUAGCAGAGAUUUUUGUUCAUGGCUCACUCUAUAUAGCCUCAUGUGCCUUAAAGGUGAACUCUACUUUUUUGUCAAUAUCAAGCUUUUCCAAACUAAGAAAUAAUCUGAAUGUUAUAAUUAAUUUUAUAAAAUGCCCAUGCUGUUGGAUAUCAGUAAGCAAAGCCAUUAAAUUGAACCAAUAAAUUGGUAAUAACUUGUAUAAAAAAAAACACCUUCAGAUUUUAAAUUUCAUUUGCCUAACUUUGUUUUGGCCCAUCUAGGUCAUUGAAGAACAUUGAAAGUUAUCUAAAACAUAGCUUAAUAUAUUCUUUUAUUGCCCCCACCCCCACCCCCUGAAGAAUGUCAUAAGCCAAAAUACUUUUUAAAACCAGAUAAUUCUUUAAUAUCUGGAAAGAUAAUUUUUAAUGCAAAAGUACUUCCAGAACAGAGAUUAUAUAGCAAGUUUAUUCUUUUGUUAACUUUAGGGAUUCUUUGCAUUUAUUUGUGUAAUAGCCGGAACACUCCUCUCUCCUUUAACAAAUCACCUUUUAGCACUCCUAUCUCCAAGAAAAAUGUUUGUUUGGAAUUGGAAGGGAGUUAUUUAAAGUUAGUUUAUAGUUUUAGAGGGUUAUUAGGAAAAUUCCAAGUUGCAUUUAAAUAAUAGUAUUAAUGGUAAGCACACUGACAUUCAACAUGUCUAAACUUAGAGGUAAAUUUAAUCCUUAAAAGGACUAUUAGUUAGAAAAUAAGUAUUUGUAUAUACAUGGACUGUGGUAACUUUGGAUUUGUUUUAAGUCUGACAAAGUAAGAUAAAUUUUGUCUUUAUAAUGAAAUUAUGUUAAAUGGGUAAGAAGCAUCUGAGAGGUAUUUAGACCUAGGCAUCUCUGUCAGCAUAGUAUCUGGAGCAUACCGCCGCCUUAGAACGCUUAAUUCUUAUUUCUUUGGAAAAUAAUUUACUUAUUCCAAAAGGCGUAGAAGGAACUCAAAUUCCUCUAAUUAGCUGGAUAUUAAGAGUAAGGAAGUUGCAUGGUAUAGCUGAAGAUCUGAGUUCAUUCAUUGACAGUUUAUUUUCAUUUUUUUUUUCUGAUAACAUUUUCAGCCCCCUCACGAUUAUAUUUUAAAUUAAGGUUAUUAAUGUUUUAACCUAGUUCACGUUAUGGUAAAUUAAUUUUUAAUUGACAUUCAUAUUGAACUCAGAAAAACUGGUUUGGUCUUCUCAGACUUUAAUAUGUAGUACUUUUUCUUUAUUGUCAAGUUUCGAUGUUGCAUCUUUGGUCAGUGGAAUCUAUGGAAAUAUGUGUUCUUUCUUUGUGGUAAGGGAUGCGAGUGGAAAAGAGGAGAAUUGCUCUAAUUAUACUUAGGCAUUUUGACUAUAUAACGAUAGUUGUAGACUUAAUCUGUAUAAAUGACAAGUUAAUAUUUACAUAUUCUGAAUUGUUCUAAGGAACAGUGGCCCGAAACCAUGGCUUGUUUUGUGGAGCUGCUUGAUCUUUAAUGGUAGUUGACCAGUUGGAUUUAAGUUGAAGUUUUGGGGUACGUUAUCUAGCUCAGGCUUUUAGGAAUAGAGCAGACCAGGUCUGCUCCUGUAGUGGAUCAAUUUAAUUUUAAUUUCCUUUUUAAGUACUCUAAUUUAGAUAUAGGUAUUAUCCAUUCUGAAUCUUUGUGUUGGGAGUUUUAUAAGACUGUUGUCAAAAGCUAUUAAGGAUAAACACAAGUAUAUGUGAAGCAUUUCACAGAUAGUUAAAAUUUUCCUUUUUUUGGUUUCAAAGGUUAGUUCUAUAGUGUCAAUAUCAUAACCAAAGCAAGUAGGAAUUUGACUCAUUUGGAGACUCUUCAAGUAGUCUUAAAUGGUGUAAUAUAUCAGAUUGUUAACCAGGAUUUUUUUCCUGUGUUUCUGCUAAAUGUAUUAUUAUAUUAAUGCACUUUUGUAUAUAACUGUCUUCUGUACAUUCUGUACUUAUUACAGUGGACAUAAGAUUUUUCCUGAAGCUGUGAGGGAAAAACAAUAGGUGUAACACAAGUCAUUUCAAUUUUGAGUUCCUUCUUGUACUUGAAAUUAGUAGUUCAGUAUUUAAAUCUAAAUGAGUAUGUAUGGUUGUAAUGAAAACUGGCAGUGUGACAGAACUGUCUUUUGAAACAAUAUCAGAAUGAAAAGCGUUGUUUUGGUUAUUAAGAACUCUUGUAAUAUGUUAAUUUUUUAUGUACCAUGAGUUUUUAUAAAUUCCAGUGCUGCUGAAUCCACUCCUUGUCAUAUUCCAUCCCAGUACACUUAUCAAGAGAGAAGAAUUGCUCUCAAUUUAUUUUGCUCACAGUUUGGUUAAGGCUUCAUAAACUUUUGUUUUGUAAAAGCCUCAAUUUCUCAAAUUUCAUUGGCAAAUUAUUUUCUUCUGGAAAGAUCAGAUUUCUAUAGAGAUUAGCAUUCACAGUAAGUGAAAAUUAGGUCUAACUUUUAUUUACAAAAAUCAGAUCUAUUUUCCUUAUAUAUUGAUCUAGAAUCUUUUAAAGUUACAAUUAUAUAAAAGAAAUGGCUGUGAGCAGUUUUAUAUAUAGAUACAGAAGCAAUUCGGCUUUUCAGCAGCAACUUUCUCUCUUGCCACUAGAGGGAGGUGGUUGCUCGCUCCUUCAGAAAAUGUCUUAGCUGCUUUUCUUUUGUUUUUAAUUUUAGAGGUUGAAAUCAACCUCAGUCUCAAAACUCCUUUUGUGAUAUUAAAUUCUUUCAUUUAUUAGUCCAAGGUGAGUUAAUUAAGCUUGUGUAAUAAAGCCUGUCUUAUUCAUGCUUUUCCAUAAUCUUCAGUGUUUAAUAAAUGUUAGAUAUUACUUGAAA